CCUUCUUACGCGUAUAUAUAUAUAUAUAUAAACAGGUAUUUCGAGUAUUUGAUAUAUAUAUAUAUAUAUACUACUUUCAUUCGUUUAGUUUGCUUUUAGCUUUUGCUUGUUUUCAUUUGUUUUGAUUAAGUUCCAUAUCAGUUAAAUAGAAAGGUCUCAAGAAUGACACUUACUAAAUAUCAACGAGGUGAACAGAUGGAAGGCUGGAAUGAUUGUCCUUCUGUCAUGAUGAAGUUAUCCAAUAACAGUUCCAGUUCAACUUCUUUGAAUUCACUUCGAAAAAGGAGAGUUGGAUCGGGUGUUAGUAUCUAUUCUAUAAAUGACAGCUCAUCAAGUCUUAAUUCGGGUUAUCCAGCUUCAAGAACCCCAAGUCUUUCGUUAGAUAAGAUAAGAUCGGUAUCUACUACAUCCACCACCAUUUGUACCACUCCUCCACGAUCAUCAAUAUCAGCUCCUCCUCAAGAACCCAUUUCCAAACAAGAAUUAAUUUCUCAAUUAACUACCGUGUUAGAAUUACCUACAUCAAUGUCUGAACGGGAAAUAGCUCAAUAUAAAUCAAAGUUAACUUCACAGUUCGAAAUAAUAUCAAAUGACAAUCAUAUGAGAUUCAUAUCACGGAUGUUUAAGUUCAUUGAAUCAAAGACUGAUAUUGAUUCUAUUAAAAAUGAUAUUGUUCAAUAUAUGAUGAUGAAUGAAGGUACUAGUGGUUGGUGUACUCCUUUAAAGAAGAUAGUGACAAGUUUGAAAUAAAGCUUCAUACUUACUCUCUGAUGACGAUUUAUACGAUAUAAAGUAAAGUGUUAUUUAUUAUAUAUAUAAAAUAUGUAAACUAUUGAUAAUAUACACAUAAAGAUAGAAUGAAUCAUAUAUGUAAACAUAGACAAUUAUUCUCUCUUUCUUCUUCCAAUUUGGGCUUGGAAACCAGUCUUAAUGGUUGACACAGAUCUAGUUGAUCCACAAGCUUUACAACUUAAGAAAUGUAAUCUAUUAGUAGAUUCUCUCUUUAAAUCAGUAUUCAUGGAUUUACAUGUUUUACAAGUAACAUAUUCAAGAAUAUAUCUUCUUAACACUGAUUCCAUUUGUUUAGGUUGAAACUUACCCUUUAAUACUA